AUGCAGUUCGACGCUGUUUAUUUCGUUAUACCGACAUCCCAUAAGGAAAUAGUAAAAGGUGAAGACGUCAAGAUGUGUAUGCACAUGUGGAUGUGGUUUGGCUACAAUGUCGGCGAGCUGCUAUUCCCUGGUCUCAACAUAACUACGCGAUGGAGCUUCGCCCUCACGUGGAUAGUCUUAUUUUUCGUCUCUCUACUCUUUGAAGCUUCUAAGCAAGGGUUCAGCGUGCCGCUCAAAAAAAAGCUAUAUCCAUACAGGUCGGAUGAAAGGAGGACUCUACUUUGCGAACGUGAACAGAGCAACCCGAUGGAACCAACCACAAGCAGAAACGCAAGCACUGGUCAAGUCAGUCGCUGGUCUUCCUUCCGAUUGAGGACGCUGGUUAAUCUGCAUCAAACCAGUGUGUUCUUGGUGCACAAUGUGGUGGGCUACCUUCUGAUGCUGGUCGUCAUGGUCUACAAUGUGCAGCUGCUAUUGGCUGUUGUCCUAGGAAUGAUGCUCGGCUACUUCCUCUUCGGACCCAAAUUGACAAUGCUGCAGAUGCAGUGCUUCGGUACCAAGAGGCUGGUGAUUUGCACCCCGGAAUGUGAUGACACAGCCGAAAGCUCAACUCCACCGCUUCUAAACUCGACGCAAAGCUCCGAUUCAGAUUUAUACGUCUGUCAAACACGCACUUGCAUUCAACCUUCGCAUUACUUCCCUGCUAGCAGCUCAAACCAACCUAAUACUUGCUAUUAUGGUGCUAAGAGGUGCCCCUCCAGAGUUGCCAGAGCGAAAAAAACGCAGGGCUGCCACUACGAUAAAGAAGACAGCCCAAGUGUGGAAGACGCGCAACUCCUGCGCACCGAACGCCAGGGCUGCUGCAAAAAAGAGAAACCGCCUGAAAGCGCCUGCUGUUCUAGUCAAAAUACACAAGUUAUAGUUCACGAGAGUGAAACAGAGUCCCAAUUAGAAAGAGAAGACAGCCCACAGAUAACGUGCUGUCAUAACGCUAAAACUGCCAGUGACAGCCAAGAGGAGAUUACGAAGAGCUGA